UGAUAAUUUUGUUGAUAUGUCUGCCUAUGGUUUUUCAUGAUUAUUUCUGCGGGUUUUAGUGUUUAAGUGAGAGUGUCCCCCCGCGGUCGGGUCUGAUGGAAAACCCCAGAGACCUGGUGGAGCGUCUGUCCAGGAAGCGCCACGACUCCUUUGGGAUGCUGGACGGUUUGGAGGAGGACCGGAGCAGCUGCAGCACGGAGUCCAGCGGGGGGAGCGCAGCUUCUAGCCCUGAGGACAGUGAUGAGGAGGAGCUGGGUGGAGGAGGGGGAGAAGGAGGGGUGACUCAACUCACUGCGUCCUCUUCCUCCUCCUCCCUGACUCUCAUCAAGACCAACGGACAGGUGUACACCUACCCUGACGGAAAGGCAGGCAUGGCCACCUGUGAGAUGUGUGGUAUGGUGGGCGUCAGAGAUGCUUUCUACAGUAAAACCAAACGUUUCUGCAGCGUGUCCUGCUCCAGAAGUUACUCCUCCAACUCCAAGAAGGCCAGCAUUCUCGCCAGACUGCAGGGGAAGCCUCCCACGAAGAAGGCCAAGGUUCUGCAGAAACAGCCUCUUAUGACCAAACUAGCUGCCUACGCUCAGCACCAAGCCAACCAGCAGAGUGGUGUCAAGAAGAGCGUAACUGUGGAGGUGUUUGACUGGGGUCGUUACCUAGGAGAUGGAGACGUGACGGGAGCACCGGUCAGCUGCUUCAAACAUGUCCCAAUGGGGAAGUCGUGGGGCGACAUCAGUGAAGGCGUCCGGGUCGAAGUACCAAACACUGACAGCGGUUUGCCCAUGAAGGUGUACUGGAUCGCUGGCAUCAUCAAACUGGCUGGUUUUAAGGCCCUGAUGAGGUACGAGGGUUUCGACAGUGACUCCACCAGGGAUUUCUGGUUGAACUUGUGUGUGCCUGACAUUCACCCAGUCGGCUGGUGUGCUGCUGGAGGAAAACCUCUGGUCCCCCCUAAGAGCAUUCUGCACAGGUUCACUAACUGGAAGACGUUUCUCAUCAAAAGACUGACGGGAUCCAAAACGCUGCCCCCAGACUUCCCCUCCAAGGUCCAGGAGAGUAUGCAGGUUCCCUUUAAGAAGCAGAUGAGGGUGGAGGUGGUGGAUAAAACUCACCUGUGUCGGACUCGGGUGGCUCUGGUUGAACAGGUGAUCGGCGGUCGUCUUCGUCUGGUAUAUGAGGAGUGUGAUGACGGUUCGGACGACUUCUGGUGUCACAUGUACAGUCCUCUGAUCCACAGCAUCGGCUGGUCUCGAUCCAUAGGACACCGUUUCAAACGAUCCGAUGUGUCGAAGAAGCUCAGCAUUCAGAUGGAUGCUCCUGGACAGCUGUUUGCCAAGGUAAAGGAGGUGGAUCAGAGUGGUGCCUGGUUUGAAGAUGGGAUGAAGCUGGAAGCAAUCGACCCUCUGAAUCUGUCUGCCAUCUGCGUGGCCACAGUCAGGAAGGUCCUCGCAGAUGGUUAUCUGAUGAUCGGUAUUGACGGUUCAGAGGCGGCUGAUGGUUCAGACUGGUUCUGUUAUCACUCCACCUCUCCCUCCAUCUUUCCCGCUGGUUUCUGUGAGAUCAACAACAUUGAGCUGACGCCCCCCAGAGGUUACACCAGUCUUCCCUUCAGAUGGUUCGAAUAUCUGAAGGAGACCAAGUCUGUUGCAGCUCCUGUUGGCCUCUUCAACAAGGACGUCCCUAAUCACGGUUUCCGGCCCGGCAUGAAGCUGGAGGCUGUGGACCUCAUGGAGCCAAGGCUGGUCUGCGUUGCCACUGUGACCCGCAUUGUCCACCGGUUGCUACGUAUACACUUUGAUGGCUGGGAGGACGAGUACGAUCAGUGGGUGGACUGUGAGUCACCUGACCUGUACCCAGUUGGCUGGUGUCAGCUGACCGGGUACCAGUUGCAGCCUCCUGCUGUUAAUGCAGGCUCCAGAGAACUACAGUCAGCAGCUUCCAAACAGAGGAAGAAGUCUCAGCAGUACAAAGGACAAAAGAAAAAGAGGAAGCUGCCUAUUGCUAAGCGACCUGUCAGUCUCUCCGGCGGCAUGGUAACGGGCAUCCCCAGGAGCCUAUCAGGAGACGAGAAUGAGACACCACCCAAUUACCCAUCACCCCCUACGCCUGCCUCAGCGGCCCAGCCCCCCUCUGCCGACCCAGAGAGCAGCCCGAACACUGAGGGGGGGGCAGGUUCACAGAUUAAAGAAGAGAACGUAGAAGGAACUGAAUUAUCUUCUGAAAGGACUGAAACAGAAACAAACGGAUCUUCUGGAGAAUUCACCAACCAGGACCAGUAGGCCUAAUCCAUCCCUCUCUGCCUCUAUCUCUCCCUCCAUCUGUCUCCAUAUUUAAGAGUUUCAAAACUCAUCAAACUCAUCUACUGUGAUUAAAUCAGAUUUUUUGAAAUCUGUUUGGACAAACUUUAGACAUGCUACAUGUUGUUAGCUAAAUGAUGCACUUCACUUACAGUAAGUCAGCUUGGCUCACUUCUCCAAGCCCUCUCCUUUUUUGUUGUUACAGUACUGGUGUUGAGUCAUAGAGCUCCUGUUGCCCAAAGGCGGCAACAGACAGUUUCACAGCUCAGCAUCACGCAGUUUUUUUGCUUAAGUUGAAACAUUUCAACGUCUAUCCUUUGCAUUUGGUCUGAACGCACCUUUUGACUCCUCAAUGAGAAAUGAGGGCAAAGAAAACCAGAAUACAAAAACAAAUACAGGUUAAAACAAAGGAGGACAGGCAUGUCCAAGACAGUAGCAUUACUCACAUUUUGUUCCUCUUAGGAAAAAAAAAACAGUCAACAUGGGGGAAAAAAAGACAACACGAUAAGAAAACUUUUGUAUUAUGAUUUUUCAACAGGAACAUCUUUGUUGUUUGUAGGUGUUCAUGUGGUGUGUUCGAGGGUCAGAACUCGACGUUAAUAUUAAUACAAGAUGCUGUGUAAUGUCAUGUUGAGAUUAGCAGUCAUUUAAAAACUUUGUACGUGUGUGUGUGUGUGUGUGUGUGUGUGUGUGUGUGUGUGUGUGUGUGUGUGUGUGUGUUAAUGUGUGUGUGAGUGCUGUGGUUUAGAUUCUGGAUUGACGAGUUGUCAGGACGCCACAAGACAAGAAACCAGCCAACAAGAGCCACGGCAGUUACUGGUUUUGUUUUUUGAACCAAUGCUGAAAGUCUGUGACAAAGUCGUGUUGAGGAGGCCACAUAAUCUUGUAGCUGCAUAGCUGCAGUAUAUUGUAUAUUGUUGUGUGUGCAGUAUCAGUUUGGAGGAAAGUUUAAAAGCAGUCAAAAGUGAGUGUAGUUUGGCUUAAGGUGUUUUGCCAAAAUUCUUUUUUACAUCGACAUCCUCCAUGUCAGGAGAGAUACACUUUGUUCCAAACACCAGUUCAGUCAUAGCUACAGGGCUCUGUCACAGUAGUUGCAAUAAAUGCACGGUCAAAUGAUUGCAAUAAGAGAUUAACAUCAGUCGAGUACUUCAAACUUUUCAAUACUGGGGCCAAUUCAAUAUUUGAGUUUCAGGACCAAUGCCUUAUUAAAUAAUACCAUUUUUUUGCCUUUUUUCACCACAUUUUCAGAAGAUUUUAGCUCUUCAUUUUCUGCUCAUAUUGCUUAUAAUGGCAAUACCACAUGUGAAAGAAAUGACCAAUCAGAGCCAGAGUCUCUAAUGCAGCUGUCAGUGAUGACAGUCACUGCUUGUGAACUAUGGUCAAACUAGGUAGCGCUGAUCAAAUAUGAAUGAAUUUUUUUUUAUUGCAUUGCCUAUUUCUGGCCUUAAACAUAUUUAGAAACUUGGGGCGUCGGUUGCUUAGUGGAUAGAGCAGGCACCCCAUGUACAAGGCUGUUGCCGCAGCAGCCUGGGUUCGACUCCAGCCUGUGGCCCUUUGCUGCAUGUCAAUCCCUCUCUCUCCCCCUUUCACACUCAGCUUUCCUAUUGAUUAAAGGCAAAAAUGCCCCAAAAAAUAUCUUUAAAAAAUAUAUAGUUAGAAACUUAUUUUAGUGUACUGUUUAACUUUAAAAGAAGAAAGUUUAUAACCCAGCUCAGAAACAGUCAAGCUGAAAGCUUAGCACUGCCCACAAGCUGGAGCACUGAUGUGCACCAUAAAUUCACAGAUUGUUCAAGAGAUGUUUUGACUCCCAACUGUGUGAAAACCAUGUCUCUGUUCUGGUAGCAGUUUAUACUCUGACAGAAAAGUGAAAUAAAACUGAAUGUUAGCAACACAGCUAAUAAGUUACUUUAGCCUCCUGUUUUUGACUCUCCGGCUCUCAGUUCCCUCAAAGGUCAAAACUAUAGUAAGACAGCUUGCAAUUAGAUAAAGGCACACAGUUGUUUGUCUAUAUAAAUAAGUAGACCUACGCCUAGUAUCGAAAAUAUCCCCUUGGUAUCAGUCAGAAACUCAGGUAUUGUCUGGUAUUGAAAAUUUUGCAGCAUAAUAUUUGACAUUUUUUGAUACUCAAACAAGAUUUUUAGUUUAAGUUUUUGUAGCUGCUGCAGUGGGAAGUUAGAAAGUCAGACUCAAACUUUUUUUUUAAAUAUCUAAUUAAAAGUUGUACUGGGAUGUAUUCAGUAGUCACCAGCGUGUUUAUACUGGGCAGCUCAGUGGUUACAUGUGUGGAACUAUAUGAAUAUGAAGCAGGGUAUUGAUGAGGAAAUGAUAUGUACAGAGUCAGACUGUGGACAAAUAAAACACUUCAUGGACUUGUUCAACAAACUGAUAGCAGUUUAGCAGCUAAGAGUAAUUAUGUACGUCUUCUGUUGCUAACUAUUGAUACCUCACAAAAAGUUUAUUAAAUAAUGAUUUAAAGAAUCUUCAGAAUUUAAAAGUUGGAAUACAAAAUAGUAUAUUAAAGAAUAUUUAAAAAAAAAAAAAAGUUGUGGUAAAGAUGAUCACAUUCUAAAAACAGAUGGUAAACAUAGAAUAAGUGUGUAAUAAAUUAAUAAAAUUAAUUGAGCUAGACAUUCAUAAAGAGAAGAGAAUAAAUACAUGUUUCAAAUUUAACACUAACAACAAUAUUAUUAUACAAAAAUAUUUUUAUUUAAGUCAUGUAUCACCACAGGUUAAUAUUAUUUCAUGUUUGUGACUUCUGUUUAACAUUGUUACUUUUGCCGAAGUUAGCUUGUUAACACCCAUUUAAAACAAAUAUUAGAUAUACAUGCUCAUGGUUAGCAUUAGGCAUUAAGCUGGAAAAGGUUCAGUGAUGUUCAGACCCAAACGGAAUCUGACGAUUUGAAAAAAAAAAAAAAAAAAGUUAUGCUGUAUUGUUUUGCUUGUAGUGUGCUGGACAAGUGACUCUCACCCUUUUACAUGUGAAGGACCCCAAACUUGAUACACGUUAGGCAAUUCUGUACUUAUGAACUAUAUGAGAUAACCGUGGUGGAAGUGAAACCUGUGAUCAGAAAAGUGACUCUCUCUGUCCUACUCACAUUGGUCUCACUUCUGUGGUGAAAUGAACUGUAAAAUUAACUAUUCUCUAUUUUUGGGGGGACCCCCUGAAACUCCCCCAAGAACCCCCGGGGGUCCUCAGACUGGGUGAGAACCACUGUGCUUGACUAUAUUCAUUUAAAAAACUUUUAAAAAAUCUGUGGAGAUGUCGUCAGAUUCAGCAGACACAGAAUCCGUCCGGGCCUGGUCAUGUUACACUUCUGUCCUGCAUAGGGUCCAUCACCCAUUUGGUGAGCAUACAGACAAGAAUACGUUGCUUGUUUUGGUGCUAUCUUUUCCCCAACUCUGGCAAAGUUUUUUAUCCACAUUUAAACUAUCACAUGAUGUCCUGUUUGGGCGGGGUUAAGCGUGGGAAAGUUUUAGCAGACAGAUGCUGCUAGUGUGUUAACAUUGAUAUAACAUUCUAGCAUGGUAACAUGGCUAGCACAUUCAUAAGUCCAAUCUGAUGCUCCACUCAGCAUUCUAUUUCUAUGUGAAUUAACCAGUGGUUAAGUUAAACACACUUGGUGCUCUGCUGCUCCGCUUCCCCAGAAAGAGUGCCCAGAGUACACUCUGCUGCUCCGAGAGGUGGUUCUCUGAAUAACCAAAUGGUAAAUUCCUUCAGCACUCCAAAUUUCUGAAUAGUCUAGUUUGUGCCAGAGUGUGCUCCUGCACUUGAAGUGAGUAUAUCUGAACACACCCCAUAGUAACAUGCUAACUUUGUAGCCUGGUAAAAUGCAGAGUAACCUUCCCAUAUUUACAUAACAUCCAUAGUAACAUAAUAAAAUUGAGUAUAUUGGCAAGUUAGCAGCCUGUUUUUCAGGUAUCAUGUAGAAAAAUGCUGACUGAGUGCAAAUUUCGACCUCCCAGUUAUGUUAUGUGCUUUCACCAGAAUUAUUAGAUUUCAUCAUGCUGGGAUCAUUCAUGAAUCUGUUUAACUGCAUGGCAAACCAUCAACAUGUACAAAAUGUUGCGACAUAAGGCAACAUGAGUAGACUGAGCUUGCAGGUAGUUUCUUCAAAGAAACAGCAGUUUGAUCAAAAAAGUCUCAAAAUGGGCUCCAACUUAAUUGUUUUCAAAGCUGUCAACAGCUGUCCUGAGCUCACCAACUUAUCUCAGAAACAAGUAAAAUGUGUUGAGAAUUCUUUUGUCAAACACAAGUACAGUUCUUAGAUUUUUCCCAUUAUGGAGAAAAUUCUACAAAAGCUCAGUUGCAAUGGAAAUGCAGCCUCGAUGUGUAGCAAGGGCCAAAAUGAAGAGAAAAGAUGCCUUUUAAAACUUAACUUAAAUAUUUGUGUUUGUGUAGACGUGGCUGAAGAAAGACUUCAGGGACCGUGAUGUGUCAGAUUGUGUUGGUGCUGACAGUAACAGCUCUACCAUUGUCAGUAUCUUGAUUCAAGCUUUUUCUGUCUGUGAUAUUCAGUGUUGGUUUUGUCUAAACGUGUGUAAGUAUCUGAAAAUGUCAAGAGUUUGUACAGACAAUAUGAUGGCAGUAAUGUCAUUUUUACAUUAAGCGAGUGAGUUUUAAUUACAAUUCUGAAUGUCCUUAGUUUGUGUGUUUGAUUGAAGCCCCGGUCCAGCCUCAUCAUUUCAGCUCUCGGAAUUGUUGUCAUUAGUUUACAGUAAUAUUAACCAUAAUCAUAACCUCUCCAAAAUCAUUCCUGAUGUGAUUAAUAGGUAGUCCAAGGGCCAAGCAGGGCCUUGAAGGUCCCCUGUGGCAUCUAAUAUUAGUUAGUUCCUUGGCUAGUUAACACAAAGCUAUCAAUACAGGUACAUCAGACCUUAGCAACUACGGUGUAAGUGACAGUCUCAUCUAGGCUAAUUAGUAGUGUUAAUUUUGUCCAUGAAAACUAUGACCUUUCUGUCACUAUGAAAAUUAAACAAUCUAAAUAAAAGUAACUUUGAAUAUGGAGAAAAUAUGGCAAAAUAUAUUACAAUUGUGAUAAUAGCCAUUUUAAUGUAAAGUCAUAUUAAAAAUCUGGUAAAACCAUACUCAUUACCAUCCAAAUAUAUCUCUUCACAAGUUGUUUUAGCUGUAUGACAAUUUGCACUCAAAUUUUCAGUUCUUCAGUUAUCACGUCUAAGCUAGUAAAGUUAGCUAUUUUGCCAGUCAUAGAAGAAAGAAAUAAAAGAUUUAUGGACUAAAUAUUCAGUCGUCGGGAAAAUUAGACAAGAAGCAGCAACAAAGCUGCUGAGAUGAACCAUAAAAGCAGGUUACAUUUAAAAACUAUGUUUAAAAACAGCUACGCUAAUGUGAGGAGCCUCCGAAUGUUGGGAUAAAUUAAAAAGCACGACAAAUAGCCUGAGAUGUAAUUGGCUUUUAGUGGCUAAAAUCAACAAUAACCAAACCAAAAGAUGAACUAAAAUGUAACUAAAGCCAACAAUCUUUAGAAAACUAGGUGCCAAAAUUAACACUGCUAAUUACAUUCUUAUUUAAACUUAUCUGUUUGAAUCUAGUUAGAUGUAAUCUUAACUAUGGAUGCCCUUUUCUGCCAAGAUAUGAAAAAAGAUAAACAAAUUUAGACAUGGCAAAAAUUAAAAUACUCAAGGUAAGUCAAUUUUACAUAAAACUGUGAUUUGUUAUCUAAUAAUUUGGACUUAACCAAUGAUUUUGUAAUCUUGGCGACCUAUAGCCUACUGUGUGUUUUCUUUUUUUAUAGUAACCUAGGAAUCGUAUUCUAUUUGUGUUAUUAUUUUAAAAUAUAGCAGAGUAUUUUGACUAAUUUACUACUCAUUGACUCAUCUAGUAAUAUUUUUCACGCAAGAAAUUUUUUUUGACUUGUUCUGACAUAGUUCUGAAUUGCUAUCAUAUAAUGUCAACUUUGCCAUAAUUUAGCUUUUUUUCAUAUUUCUGACCUAAUAUCUCAUACUUUUGGCUUAAAGGGAUAG